AUAGGAAUACUUGGAAUUGAUGGUGGAGAGAUGGAUGACAGCCGCCGCAACGACAGCAGCCAGAUGGCAGAGCUGCUUCAGCCGGAAAUACUGCACAAGGGCAAGGAUAGCACAAGUCUGGUCGCCUGCUCCCCAUCCUCCUCUGAACCCCACUCUUCCUCUGAACCCCACUCUUCCUCUGCAUCCUCUUCCUCUAAACGCCCCUCAUCUUCGUCUGAACACCACUCUUCCUCUGAACCCCCCUCAUCUUCCUCUGAACACCACUCUUCCUCUAAAGCCACCUCAUCUUCCUCUGAACACCACUCUUCCUCUGCAUCCUCUUCCUCUAAACCCCACUCUUCCUCUGAAACCCCCUCUUCUUCUGCACACCCCUCAUCCUCCUCUGCCCCCUCCGGUAACGGAGAGAGAGAUGUACGUAGUAGACGUGUGGAGGGGGACGAGGCGGGGAGGACGAAGAGGGAGGACGCCGCCUCGUCUUGUUGUCCACUGAACGACCUGAAGCGACUUCCACAGUGUGACAAAAGGCUGGGACCUCUGAAGUUCAGCCACGCGCACACCGUCCUCAUAGAUGUUGCUGCUUUCAAUUAUGGAAAAGGACCCUUGCCUCAGAGAGGGAGAGACAUGUGGCACAGUAACUUUGUGAAAAGUCCGUGUUCACCGUCCAGUUUCAUGAUCAAGACUGGACUUAUGAAGUCACCGACCCAGACGAUGAGGUGGGACGUGAUCUACAAGCAGCUGAGCGCUCUGGCCAAGAAGACCGCCGCGAGCGUCAACGAUGUGAAGGAUGCUAUCUUCAAAUAUAACCCCAAGUAUAAAAGUCAGUGGUCCUUUGAUGCCCUCUCCAGCUUUGUUGAGGUUAUCCCGAAAGAAGAAAAUAACUUCCCUAAACUGUUUCCAAAGAUUGCUGCGUUGGCCUUAAAGCUGCCUGAACUCGUGCAGAAGGGAAUCCCGCUGCUUCGGACCGGACACCCUGCAUCCAUCACUCUGUCACAAGCUCAGAUCUCCUGCCUGCUCGCCAACGCAUUUUUCUGUACUUUCCCUCACCGCAACACCACACAUCACAGCGCAGAGUACCACAACUACCCCUCUAUUAACUUCACCAGUCUGUUUGGACAGUGGUCACAGCGGAAGAAAGAGAAGCUGCGGGCCAUCAUGUAUUACUUCAAGGUGGUUACAGAUGAGAACACUAAACCAAAAGGACUGGUGACGUUUGAGAGGCGCUGCCUACAAGGCCAGGCCGCGUCCGACUGGAGAAACUGUGAUGAGAAGCCGCCUAAACUGCACGUCGCCACACGAGGAACCAUCGAGACCGAAGGCACAGGGUUGCUCCAGGUGGAUUUUGCCUGCAGCUCUAUAGGUGGAGGUGUCCUGGGCUCUGGUCUGGUGCAGGAGGAGAUCCUGUUCCUCAUGAAUCCAGAGCUGAUCGUGUCCCGCCUCUUCACUGAGAAACUCGCAGACAACGAGUGUCUGAUUGUUACAGGCUGUCAGCAGUUCAGCCUUUACUCUGGUUACGGUGAGACCUUUGAGUGGGCGGGCCCUUAUGAAGACCGCCUCGACAGAGACGAGUGGGCUCGGCUGAAGAGGCAGAUCUUAGCCAUCGACGCUGUGAACUACAAACACAGACGGGAGCAGUACGAGAUGCGCCGCGUCAUGCGGGAACUCAACAAGGCGUACUGUGGAUUUAGGCAGGAUGGGUACAAUGAGCCCGACAUCGCCACGGGCAAGUGGGGCUGUGGAGCUUUCAACGGAGACCCACAACUCAAAGCGGUGAUCCAGCUGAUGGCGGCAGCCAGGGCGAAGCGAGGACUGGCCUUCUUCACCUUUAACGAUGAAAAGCUGAAGCAGGGCCUGCAGCAGACGCACCACCUGAUGGUCACACAAGGAACUACAGUUGGGAAACUGUUUGGACUCCUGGAGAACUACUGCGCUGUUCAGCAGGCGUCCGGCGGGUCACACGUGGAGCUGUUUGAGUUCAUCGGGAACGAACUGAGACCUUCCCGCAGUCAGCUGUGAGGACGGAGUCAGGGCUGCUUCGGGAUUUUGCACUAAAAUCUAACCCAAAUGUUUUUACAACAGAAAUGAAGAAGCUACUUAAUUAUCUUUUUUGUUUGUUUGUAACUUUAGAAAAAGUAAACCCUCUCAAUCAUCACGUAUGAAGCACUAGAAGUGUGUGGCGGUGUCUGUAUCUGCAGAGACUCUGCCUUCUUUUCUUCUUUUGGCCUCCGUAAAGAGCCUUUUGGACGUGGACGUGUAACCCCCCCAGCCAAUAAGUGUGCAGCCCACUCUCAUUCCCAAUACCUCCGUGAAACAAUUAGAAAAUAAUGUUUUUAUUCACGGCUUUUGUUCUUACCAGCAUAUAUCGCUCUCUCUCUCUUUCUCGUCCUUCCCCUUCCCCCCCCUCUCUCUCUCUCUCUACCCCAGACAACUUUGAACGCUGUGUGUUUACACACUCAAAAACAACAGAAAAUGCUGCUAAGUACACCUUUUAUUUGAUAGUUUACGUAGCGAUGGGACAUAUCAGUCCUUAUUUGGCAUGCUUUUGGGGACAUUAUAUCAUUUCUAAGAAUUGUUUUCUCUGUUUGAUUUGCAUUUGGCUGGAAGGAGGAGAGGUUUUGGUAUCCUCAGUUUAUAAUAUCGUUUAAGUUCAGUUCACAAAGUUCGAUUGUACGUUUGCAGAUCUUUAUCGAUGAAAUAAAGGUCUUACUAUUGCACCAUC